AGUGGCACGAUGAAGACACUAGAAUUUUACUCUGGCAUUGGUGGCAUGCAUGCAGCCCUCAAAAGUAACAAGAUAUAUUUAGCUUCUGGUUUACCCCAUGAGGUUAUAAAGGCCUUUGAGAUAAAUGACGCUGCUAACUCUAUAUACAAUGAGGUCUUUAAUUGUUCUUACGCAACCAAUCGAACGAUUGAGAGCUUAUCAGAAAUGGAAUGCCUUGCAUACGAUGCAGAGUUGUGGACAAUGAGUCCACCUUGUCAGCCAUUCACGAGAUUGGGAAAUAAACAGCAUGGGUUGGAUAGCAGAAGCUCCUCGUUACAUAACAUCAUUGAUUUGAUUAAAAAGGUUAAACCUCCCGCCAUAUUUCUCGAAAAUGUUAAGGGUUUCGAAGGUUCGGAUAUCUGGAAAAGACUGAUUGAAACCCUUAUCCUAUGCAAUUAUGACAUUCGACAAUUUUUAUUAACACCGCUUCAAUUCGGUGUUCCCAACUGUCGGCUACGAUAUUAUCUUGUUUCUAAACUGCGGAUAAAUGGUAGUCAAAGUAUGUUUAAGUUUGGCGAAAUUACUACGGAUCCCCAAAGUUUUCUGGAAAAUAUCGAGGACAACAUUAUUCGCCUACCAGUUUUCGACGUUGAACCGAUGCCUGGUUGCGAAUGCGUGGUCUGUACAAAGAAAGUAAAACAUAUAAAUUCUAUUGAAAAUGACUACGAGCAGUAUCUUCCAUUUUGCAGCCACGUGUCUAGUUACUUGCUACCAGAUAAUGAAAUACCCGAGGAUAUCUAUUUAGGUCAAGACAUGCUCAAGAAGUAUUAUCGUGUUCUUGAUAUUAUUGAACCUGAUAGCCAUAAAACGGCAUGUUUUACAAAAGGCUAUGGUCGACGUUAUGAAGGCACGGGUUCGUUUCUGUCCUUAUCAAAGGUAAAUAUGAGCGAUGUUGACGAAUACCAUUUCCCAAAGUUGAGACGUUUUCAUUCCAAAGAAAUCGCUAAAAUCAUGUGUUUUCCGGAUGACUUCGGUGAGAUGAGACUUUCCUGCUUACCUAACCUAAAACUAUUCAGAAUUUCCUCCAAAUUUUACGGAAAAACAGAGACUUAA